AUGGCGAAUAAUUUUAGGGGACAGCGAGAUUGGCCGCCGAAAUUCGGAAACCUGGUUGAUCCGAAUAAUGAACCCCAUUCGAUGUCUUUCACAGGCGACGCGGACUUCACGCGAUACUCCGGCUUCGGGGGAGGUGUCGCGUUUCGACAAAGAUUCCCAGACCGGACCAUGCGAGACUUGACCGAAUCCAGCCGUCGCGAAGUCGUUACUCAGUAUCCCCAAGGAAAAGGGUGGCCUGGUGCAGUCGGUAUGAUGCAAGCCCCCAUGACCAUUUCCAACGGUCGGAAUGACGGGAGGGCCCGUCGAAGUGGCCAUGGCAUUGAUGCAUCGACGAGCACAAAGGGAAAACGCAUGCCGAUGCCGAAGAAUGUGGAGGAUGCGAUGCCACACAACGGAAACGAGCUUGCAUCUCAUCGGUCCCAGUACAAAUGCGUCGAGCAAGGGGUCCUGUCUAAUCAUGGCGACGUGCACCAGGAUUACGACUACCGGGCGUCCGCCGCUAGCAGCCCCAGCUUUUACACAUCCAGUACCGAGGAGUACAAACACGAACCACCAUGUACGAGGCACACAAGAGGCGUCGGAUGCGCAGAUCGCCUGGAGAACAUUGGGGGUCGAGAUGUUGGCCCGCCGUGUGGGACGCAGCCCGGAGUUUCGGGCGGGAUGCGAAGAUUGCCAUGCCUACAGGCCCCGCAGGCAUGA